UUGCUUCUGGAGUCGGGACCUAGAGUUUAAUGUUACAGAAGAGCUCCGGCUUUAGGCAGAUUCCUUUCCCGCCGUCAGUUCUGCCUUCUGCCGCCUCCUCCACGCAGACCCCAGACUCUAUUCAUGCCAGAACUCAGAAGCCUGUGGAUUAAGAUGUACAGAGAGUAAUUGAUAUUCUCAGUUUGGAAUAGGUAUGAGUGAUUUCAGUGAAGAAUUGAUAAAGUCUGUAACAGAGGAUGACCGGCGGGAAACCUGUGAGCUCUCCGGUACAGGAAUGCAACUUCCUUGGCUCCAAAAGCAUAUAGAAACUGUGGAUACUGGAGGAAAAAAGGAGAAGGAUUUUGCUCAGACAACAAGUGCUUGUUUAAGUUUUAUCCAAGAAGCUUUGCUGAAGCACCAGUGGCAGCAAGCUGCAGAGUACAUGCACAGUUAUUUGCAGAUCCUGGAAGAUUCAGAUAGCUACAAAAGGCAGGCUGCGCCUGAGAUUAUUUGGAAGCUCGGAAGUGAAAUUCUGUAUUAUCAUCCCAAAAGCAAUGUGGAGAUGUUCAAUACCUUUGCUGACCGGAUGAAAAAUAUUGGCGUUAUGAACUACUUAAAGAUCUCCUUACAACAUGCGUUAUACCUUCUGCAUCAUGGAAUGCUUGAGGACGCCAACAGAAAUCUCAGCCAGGCCGAGACGUGGAGAUACGGUGAAAAGUCGUCUUCCCAGGAAGUCUUAAUCAACCUUAUUCAGGCCUAUAAAGGGCUUUUGCAGUAUUAUGCUUGGUCUAAAAAGAAGAGGGAAUUGUCUCAGCUUGAUAAGGAUGAUUAUGCUUACAACACAGCAUCCCAGAGUAUGCGCGACCACAGCUGGAAGACAUCUGUAAACCUAGGUGCAUUGAUUCAAAUUCCUGGAGUUUGGGACCCUUUUGUGAAGAGUUAUGUAGAGAUGCUGGAAUUCUAUGGGGAUCAAGAUGGAGCCCGAGAGGUACUCACCAAUUAUGCCUAUGAUGAAAAGUUCCCAUCGAAUCCAAAUGCUCAUAUCUACUUAUACAACUUUCUCAAGAGAGAGAAGGCACCAAGAGAGAAACUGAUAAGUGUGCUUAAGAUUUUGUAUCAGAUUGUACCAUCUCAUAAACUGAUGUUGGAAUUCCAUAGAUUAUUGAGAAAAUCAGAAAAAGAAGAACACCUUAAACUGGGGUUGGAGGUACUAUUUGGAGUCUUAGAUUUUGCUGGAUGCACUAAAAAUAUAACUGCUUGGAAAUAUUUGGCAAAGUGUCUCAGACAGACCUUAAUGGGGAGCCAUCUUGCCUGGGUUCAAGAAGAGUGGAACUCCAGGAAAAACUGGUGGCCAGGCUUUCACUUCAGCUACUUUUGGGCAAAAAGUGAUUGGAAGGAGGAUAAAACUUUGGCUUGUGAGAAAGCUUUGGUAGCUGGAAUAUUGUUAGGAAAAGGUUGUAGAUAUUUUCGAUAUAUUUCAAAACAAGAUCAUCAAGUCUCAAGGAAGAAAAUUAAGCGGAUGAAGAAACUAGUGAAAAAAUACAGUAUUGUAAAUCCAGGGCUCUGAUAUUGGAUUUCAGUUGUUUCAGAUUAGUAGCUACAGCAUAGUAGGUCACUACAUAGUUAUUGAAUGUAUUUAUUUAUUUGGUGUUUCAAGAAGGUAGUUUUAUGGCUACAGAAAAGUUAUUUUUAUAUUUUUUUAUGUUUACUAUCAUAUAGAUAUGUUAUAGCUAGAGAAACAGUCUCACUGCCUUUGCUCUUUGUAAAUAUAUAUUUUUCCUUUUUUGUACUGUUAAAUGUAACAUUUAUUAAGGAAUAAUCUUCAAAUAAAAAUAUAUUUAUUUAAUCAGAGAAUCCAGUUCUACAGCAGUUAUUGCUUUGUAGAUAAUUUGCCUCUG